GAACAAGAGCUGCAACCACCAACUGCCGCCCAGAACAGGAGCAAUUGGGAUGGAUCUGAAACCCACAUCUUCAUGAGGGUCGCAGUGGAAGCUGAGACGAUCAACAAUGACCAAAGGAAAUUGGAUGGAUUCACAGUUGGUUUAAUAUUUUGCCCCACAACAUACAAGAUGUCAGCCCGAAGUGGAAAAAAGAAGAUGACCAAGUUGUCACGCUCAGCCAGAGCAGGGGUAAUUUUUCCCGUUGGUAGGAUGAUGCGUUAUUUGCGGAAAGCAACUUUCAAAUAUCGUAUUGGAAUGGGAGCACCUGUUUACUUGGCAGCAGUCAUAGAGUACCUAGCAGCUGAGAUCCUGGAACUCGCUGGAAAUGCAGCAAGAGAUAACAAGAAGAGUAGAAUAACUCCAAGACACAUUCUGCUGGCAGUGGCAAAUGAUGAAGAACUAAAUCAACUACUAAGGGGAGUAACAAUUGCUAGUGGUGGCGUGCUGCCUAGAAUUCAUCCUGAACUUCUGGCGAAGAAACGUGGUUCCCGAAGUAAAGCAGAAACCAUUCUUUCUACGCCGUCAGAAAAGAAAGCAAAAAAAGCAAAGGCUUCUCCUGUCAAGAAAUCUGUCAAGAAAUCUGUCAAAAAAGCGGCAAAAUCCAAAUCAGUCAGAAAGGGUAAACGAACAGAAAAUAAGGAAGGGGCAUCUAGUUCCACAUCAGAUGAUGUACCUGGUGAAGGAUUCACAAUUCUUUCGACAAAGAGCCUUUUCCUGGGGCAAAAGCUGUCCUUGACUCAGAGUGAAAUCAGUAACAUUGGUUCAGUUAAAGUUGAGUGCAUCAUUAACCCAACAAAUGCUGAAAUAGAUCUGAAAGAGGAUGUAGGUAACGCUUUGGAAAAAGCAGGUGGAAAGGAGUUUUUGGAUGCUGUGAAAGAGCUGCGGAAAUCUAAUGGACCGUUGGAAGUAACUGGGGCUGUUUUGGGUCUGGCCCCUGGACUGCCAGCAAAGUUCGUCAUUCACUGCAACGUCCCACAAUGGGGAGUAGAUAAAUGUGAAGAGCAACUGGAAAAAACUGUGAAGAAUUGCCUGACCUUGGCAGAUGAGAAGAAGCUUAAAUCAAUUGCCUUCCCAUCCAUCGCCAGUAGCAGGACCAGCUCUCGAGCUUCAGGUCGGUCUGCAAACCAAUCAAGAAAUUGUUUCCCAAAGCACAUUGCAGCACAGCUCAUCCUCAAGGCCACCUCCAAUUAUUUUGUUAACACAACGUCGUCAUCGCUGAAGAACAUAUUUUUUGUCUUAUUCGACAGUGAAAGCAUCGGUAUCUAUGUGCAGGAAAUGGCAAAACUUGACACAAAGUAACCUGUUUUUAUCUUUUUUUUAAAAUGGAAAGCUGGGGAUUUUAACAGCUUUUUGUCUGACAAUACAGAUAAGUGUGCGUAUGUGUGUGUUUAAAAAGUAAAUGAGAAGGUGCAAAGUAUGAGUUCUGUGAUCAUGAACAUGUUCGAAGUGUAAACUUUAAAUACGUUUUUGAUAGUACUUCUCCCAAACAGGGAAAAAGUUUUGAAAUUUACUUUACAGGAAAAAAAAAUCAAAAAACAACCUUGAUACUGUGCAUCUUUAAAUUUCUUUUGGUGAUUUUACUGAUACUUAAAAGUUUAGUUUUUUUUUAAAAAAAAAUUGUGGAAGACAUUGUUUUAUGACUCCAUGUACAUGUGGUUUUAAGUAUCCCUUUUGUUAAGCUAGUGCAUUGGUUUCACAUUCCAGUGUGUAACGGAACAAUUGGAAAAUGAAGCAGCAGUUUGGCUGCAUUAUGUCUCUCCCUGUACCAUUUGCAGUAGUUUGAUAGUGUGACAGCUUUUUAAAAAAAAUAAUAAAAUGAAACAAAAAAGUAUUGUAUCGAGGUUCUGCUAUUGGAAAGGAAGGUGGUCCAUCAUAAGGAAAUAUGUAGCAACUCUGACUUGCGAAAUUGCCAAUGAAGUACUUUUUUUUAAAGUGAAAGAUGGUAAUCAUUUUGUGUAUAACAAGUUGCAGAUUAUUUUUUUGUGACGGAUAAAUUUUGGGCAGGGUGCCUCUUUAACAUCUUUGUGUAAGUUGAAAUUACAUUAAAAGGUCCGCACCUGGAGCACACCAUUCCCUCACUCGGUGAGUGCGACCAUGGUGACUGUUGGCUUUUCUCAAAAAUGUAUAAACUAAGCACUCAUGGUUUGUUCUUAGACCAUUCCAUAAAAGAAAGAAUAAUCCACACUUUCAGCUGUGAAACUCUUCUCUACCAUUGUGGGCAACAAAAUCAACCCUAAAUCUGUUCAUAUUUGAAAAGUAAAUUAUAUUGAAGUAACUUUCA